AUGACCGAAGCUGCCAGUGUUUAUCCUUCGUUGGUGGACCGUCCCAUCAAGAACACGGUUGUCCUGUUCGAUGUUGACGAGACCCUCACCCCCGCAAGAAGACAUGCCUCAACAGAGAUGCUUGAGCUUCUCUCCCGUCUGCGUCACCAGUGUGCCAUUGGUUUUGUUGGCGGCUCGAACCUCGUGAAACAACAAGAGCAACUUGGAUCCCCUAAUAUCGAUGUUACCACCAUGUUCGACUUCUGCUUCUCUGAGAACGGCUUGACUGCUUUCCGUCUCGGCGAGUCGCUGGCGAGCAACAACUUCAUUCAGUGGCUGGGAGAGGACAAGUACCAAGCGCUGGUCGACUUUGUUCUCAAGUUCAUUGCCAACACCAAGUUGCCCCGGAAGCGUGGUACUUUCGUUGAGUUCCGCAAUGGAAUGGUUAACAUUAGUCCCGUGGGACGUGCUGCUAGCAUUGAGGAGCGUGAUGAGUUUGAAGCUUAUGACAAGAUCCACAACAUCAGAAAGACCUUGGUAGAGUCCUUGAAGAAGGAGUUCCCCGACUACGGUCUCACUUACUCCAUUGGUGGUCAAAUCUCCUUUGAUGUCUUCCCCACUGGCUGGGACAAGACCUACUGCCUGCAGCACAUCGAAGCUGAGAAGAGUAUCUCAGGUAUCGACUACAAGACCAUCCACUUCUUCGGUGACAAGACCUUUGUUGGAGGAAAUGAUUAUGAGAUCUACGAAGACCCCCGGACUAUUGGACACUCCGUGGAUGGCCCCGAGGAUACCAUUAAACAGCUGAAGGAGUUGUUUAAGCUUUGA